AUGCCGUACCAAUACCCAUACUCUCCUUGUAACAAACUUUUACAGCAAUACCGUGAUGAGAUAUGCGAUUUUUUAGCACCAAGAAAUAUUAUUGAGGCGCUACGAACCCGUUACCUGCUUUGCUCAUCGCGGAUUAUGCAGUCAAUCCCCGAUUUUGAAGAAUCGAGAGCUUAUGAUGUCAACCAAAGUAUUAUGGAUAUUAUCUCCAGGAAGCAAUUUGUUAUCCUUUAUUUAGAAGUAUUUGUGGAGUUAUUAAGAUGUGAAGGAAUCCAAGAUUGCGAUGUCCUAGCUAAUCAGUUAUCAUUAGGAAUUGAAGACUGCCGCAGUCAGUAUAAGAAAGAUUAUGAAACCUUCUCCACAGAAAGAUCCAAAUAG